AUGACACCUUGCACUUUGACUCAGCGACAACAUGGGGAUGUUCCCAUCGAAAUCACCAUCAUCGGUGUCGGGGCGCAUUGUUUGAGAAUAUGUUCACAUAUACUGGAGCACUCUAUUUCUACUGCACGUGGUGGGAUUAUUCCCAUUAUUGGGGUUUCGAUCAAUACAUCUCAACUUGAAGAGGUCAGAGGCGUUGCCAUCCUCCUGUACUGCGUAGUCGAAGCUGCUGCCUUCGAGGGUCAGCCAGGUCAACCGGCAUCGAAAGGUGCUCUUCGGUCCAAGACUCUCCUGAUGGUACGCGACCUCGCUCGAUACGCCGUUCGUGUCGUUACCAUUACACCUGGAGUGUUCGACAUCCACAACUUCCCGGCAAAGACGCACAGUAGCCUUGAGAAUGAGGAUAUCGUAUAUCCCAGGCGCUUUGGACGACCUGUGGAGUUCGCAAGGACGGUUCGGGAGACCAUUCGUCUGAGCGGCGGUGGAAGACUUCCAGGAAACUGUAGCCUUCUCCUUGAAGUUAUUGAAACCCGUUCCGAGUCCGGCUCUUAUUUACGUGGGCGGUCAUCGACCUCUCGUUGA